UCCAAAUAUCAGAAGAUCUGACUGCAGGUUGGAGAAGAACGGCGGAGGAACGAUGAAGGUGUGCGCUCUCCUCUGCCUGUCCUCAUUGGUCCUCCUCAGGACAGGCCAAGCAGAGGAAAGGCCAUUGGUGGACACAAAGUACGGGAAGCUCCGGGGGGUCAUCGAGCCGGUAAAGGAAACUCCAAGAACUGCAGAUGCUUUCUAUGGGAUCCCCUUCGCCAAGCCUCCAGUGGGCUCACUGAGAUUUGCAUAUCCGGAAUCGAUCGAGCCCUGGGAAUCCACCCGAGACGCCUCCCAAUAUCCUCCCAUGUGUUUGCAGGACAUGGGGAUGAUGGAGGGAUUUGUCACCUACUACAAAUCUACAUUCAAGAUGCCCCCGGUGUCGGAAGAUUGCCUGUAUCUGAAUAUAUUCACUCCGAGCGACAGAGAGAAGGAAUCAAAGUUACCUGUCAUGUUCUUCAUACACGGGGGCGGGCUGUUGGUGGGUGGAGCCAGUCUCUAUGAUGGUUCUGCGCUCAGCGUCUACGAGAACGUGGUUGUCAUUUCCAUUCAAUACCGACUGGCAAUUCUGGGAUUUUUCAGUACCGGAGAUAAUGAGCUACCCGGUAAUCUGGGUUUUAUAGACCAGGUAGCGGCCCUCCAUUGGGUGCAGGAGAACAUCGCUGAUUUUGGGGGUGAUCGGAACUCUGUCACCAUAUUCGGGGAGUCCGCCGGGGGAGUCAGCGUCUCAGCUUUGGUGCUCUCUCCUUUAACAAAAGGACUCUUUCACAAAGCCAUCGCUGAGAGCGGCACGGUGGAGAUGCCGGGGAUGGCGGUCAGUAAGCCGGAGGAACUCACCUUCUACCGUGAUGUGGUGUCGGAGGUCUCCGGCUGUGACGUGUCCUCGGUGGUGGAGUGCCUAAAGCUGAAGUCGGAGAAGGAGAUCUUGUCUGCCACUGAAAAUCUGGGAUUCCUGCCGUUGCCGAUCUGCGUGGACGGCGUCUUCCUUACUAAACCAGUGGAGGAGAUCUUGGCCAACAAGGAGAGCAACCGAGUCCCCCUCCUCCUGGGCGUCUGUAACCAUGAAUUUGGAUGGAUUCUCCCCCUGAUUUUCAAUAUGACGGAAAUAACAGAAGGAAUGAAUAGGGAGUUGGUACAGCAGGCGCUCGAAAAACUUAUCAUGCUGAGAUUGAGCCCUGAUGUGCUCCCGUCUGUCCUGGAUGAAUACCUCUCUGAUGUCAGCGAUCCAUUUGCAUUCCGUGACCGUUUCCUGGAUCUCUGCGGAGAUGCUCUGUUCAUUGUUUCUGGACGUAAAGUCGCCAACUAUCACCGCGACUCCGGACUUCCUGUCUAUUUCUAUGAAUACCAGCACCGCCCGUCCCUGUUUGAUGGCGUCCGGCCGGACUUUGUGAAGGCGGAUCACGUGGAUGAGAUUGUCUACGUGUUUGGAGGUCCCUUCCUGAGAGACGGUGUUCUCUUUGCCGGUGAUGCAACGGAUGAAGAGAAGGUCCUCUCCAGAACCAUCAUGAGAUAUUGGGCCAACUUUGCAUGGAACGGGAACCCCAAUGGACCGGGUCUGGUAGAGUGGCCUCUGUAUGACACAAAGGAACAAUACUUGGAAAUUAACUUGAAGCAGAAAACAUCGGCUCGGCUAAGGGAGGACAAGUUCCAAUUCUGGAGCAAGAUCCUUUCUGGGACGUUGGAGGAGAGAGGGGAGCACGCUGAGCUAAUCGCUCGCAGACUGACCCGGGGCAACCUCAAAGGGUUGGAGGAAGAUGAAGUUCUGCGCUCUCCUCUGUCUGUCCUCGUUGGCCGUUCUCGGGAUCGUGAUUUAUACAAUGUAUAUCAGAGCCAAGCAGAGGAAAGGCCAUUGGUGGACACAAAGUACGGGAAACUCCGGGGGAUCAACGUGCCAGUAAAGGAAACUCCAAGAACUGCAGAUGCUUUCUAUGGGAUCCCCUUCGCAAAGCCUCCAGUAGACUCAUUGAGAUUUGCAUAUCCGGAAGCACCAGAACCCUGGGAAUCCACCCGAGACGCUUCCCAAUACGCCCCCAUGUGUUUGCAGGAAAUGGGAAUGAUGGAAGGGCUGACCCACUACUACAAAUCUACGUUUACGAUGCCGCCGCCUUCAGAGGAUUGCCUGUAUCUGAACAUCUACGCUCCAAGCGACAGAAAAAAGGAAUCAAAUUUACCUGUGAUGGUCUUCAUACAUGGGGGUGCGCUGAUAAUAGGCGGAGCCUAUUAUGACGGUUCAGCGCUCAGCGUCUAUGAGAAUGUGGUUGUCGUGUCCAUUCAGUACCGGCUGGGAAUUCUGGGAUUUUUCAGUACCGGAGACGACAAGCUCCCCGGCAAUCUGGGCUUUAUAGACCAGGUGGCAUCCCUCCAUUGGGUGCAGGAGAACAUCGCUGAUUUCGGGGGUGAUCGGCACUCUGUCACCAUAUUCGGGGAGUCUGCCGGGGGAGUCAGCGUUUCUGCUUUGGUGUUGUCACCUCUAGCUAAAGGAUUGUUCCACAAAGCCAUCGCCGAGAGCGGAUUCAUGACCAUGAGCAGCCUUGCCGUCAGUAAGUCAGAGGACCUCACUAUUUACCAAGAUUUGGUGGCGGGGCUGUUCGGCUGUGACGUGUCCUCGGUGGUGGAGUGCCUAAAGCUAAAAUCAGAGGAGGAUAUCUUGUCUGUUGCUGCGAAGAUGGGAUUCCUGCCAUUGCCAGCCUGUGUGGACGGCUUCUUCCUACCCAAACCGGCGGAGGAGAUCUUGGCCAACAAAGAAAGCAACCGAGUCCCUUUCCUCCUGGGCGUCUGUAACCAAGAAUUUGGCUGGAUUCUGCCCCUGCUAAUCCGUUUGUCGGGAAUAAGGGAGGGGAUGGACAGGGAGACGGUAUGGACGACGCUCAGUAAACUUCCCUUCCUGGAAUUGACUCCUGAAAUGCUUCCUUCUAUCAUGGAUGAAUACCUGUCUGAUGUGAGCGAUCCAAUUGCACUCCGUGACGGUUUUCUGGACAUCUGCGGAGACGUUCUGUUCAUUCAUCCCGCUCUGAAAGUCGCCAGAUAUCACCGAGACUCCGGACUUCCUGUCUUCUUUUAUGAAUAUCAGCACCGCCCGUCCUUGUUUGAUGGUAUUAAGCCAGACUUUGUGAAGGCGGACCAUGCCGAUGAGCUCAUCUACGUGUUUGGAGGUCCCUUCUUAAGAGAUGGCGUUGUCUUUGCCGGUAAUUCGACUGAUGAAGAGAAGGUCCUCUCCAGAACCAUCAUGAGAUACUGGGCCAACUUUGCGCGGAAUGGGGACCCCAAUGGACCGGGUCUGGUAGAGUGGCCUCUGUAUGACACAAAAGAAGGAUAUUUGGAAAUUAACUUGAAGCAGAAAGUAUCCACUCAGCUAAAGGAGGACAAGUUCCAAUUCUGGAGCAAGAUCCUUUCCAGGACGUUGGAGGAGAGAGGGGAGCACGCUGAGCUGUAG